AUGGCGGAUUUAUACGGCCCGAUAGAUGCGGCAAUAUGCAAGAUGUUCUGCACCACUCUAUCAAAGAGGGCCAUGAACUGGUUCAACUCUUUGCCCACAGGAUCAAUCGAAACUUUCUCUCGAUUAUCAAAGCGCUUCACCAACCAAUUUGCCAUCAACAAGCAGUAUGCUAAAACUCCAGCACACCUCUUCUCUGUCGUCCAGAGAGAUAAUGAAGCACUCCGCACCUACAUCAAGCGUUUUGUAGAAGCUGUCCACGAAGUUCCCAACGUGGGAGAAGAAAUGUUAUCAGGAAUCAUGCAGCAAAACCUGAAGCCAGGUAGAUUCAAGGAAUCUAUCGCUAGAAGACCUCCAGUCAAUUCGGAGAAACUGUUGAAUCGAGCAGAAAAAUACAUACGAAUAGAGGAGGCCUCUACCCACGCCCCUCCUAAGAGAAGAAGAGAAGAUGAUCGACAUGAUCCAAGACAACGAGAAGAACGACGUCCCCCAUCAACAUCAGAAGGCCAAUCAUCUUCCUCAUAUACUCGGUUCACGCCACUUAUUACCCUCCUCACCGAAAUCCUUCAUGUCAUAGAACAAAAAGGUCCAGCGGAACCUCCACGUUCCAUGCAGCCCAACGCAAAACGAGAAAGAUUAGACCGCUAUUGUCGAUUCCAUAAAGAUAAAGGACAUACUACCGAUGAAUGUGCACAAUUCAAAUUGGCGAUUGAGAGAUUGAUCAAACAGGGGCACUUAGGCGAGUAUAUCGAUAAACCCCGAAACAAGCGGCGUGAUGACCUCCUAUGUCGAGAUAAUAAUCGAGAUCAAGAACAACGACGAGAAGAGGGGGGUCAUCGACGCGGCCAAGAUAACAAUGACAAUCAACCCACCCGGGGAGUCACUGCCUUCAUCUCUGGAGGACCAGCAAGUGGUGACUCCCAAAAUGAGAGACGCACCCUCGCCCGAUCAGCCCGUGUGAAUCAAGAAUAUGCAUCUUCGUCCGUGUCUGACUACCAGACAUGA